CGCCAGCUAGCUCCCUCCCCUCUUCCACCCGGCCUGCACCUAUCGGAGGGGCGCACUCAUUAUUAUCAACGGUGGGGUAUUGACUGCUACAAGCCGUCAGGAUACAAGAGAACACAAAGUGGGGGACCGUUUGGUGAUAAUCGCGUGCUGGCGGCUCUAUUAUACAGUUGGGUGUGUUUUUUUGUUCUUCUCUCUCUCCCUCCAUCUUGUAACAUUUCUUUCCUACCUCUCUCCCUCGUUUCUUCAAUCGCCGUCGCUUCACCUUUAUUUGUAGCUGGUGUUUAGUUCUCUCGUGAACAAGAUCAUUGGGCGGAGAGAGUUUUUUAUUCGUCGUGUACGUGCUGUCUUCACUCUUCAGUCUAGCCGGCGAGUGCGAAGGUUGCACAGUGCUGUGCCGUGCCGUGCAGUGUGGUGCUGUGCGUGUGUGUGUGUGGGUGCACCGCCUCGACAGUUUAACACCCCGAUUACGACUACUGGUCGACUGGCGGCAAAAGAGUUGUUUGGGGGGGAUAGGGAGGAAGACCCGGCGGUACAAGCCAAGUCGGCAAACUUGCUCCUUGCUGUGACUACAGGAGUGUGUUACUCUCCUUCCUUCCGACAGGCGCGAGGAUUAACCGCAAGUCCCUUCACACACGGCAACACGAGUUGCAGGAUCUCUCGUAUUCACACACAGCUACCGUCUGGUCGGUCCUGGGUCUGGGAUUUUACUGUGAUGGAGCGAGGCUGACAGAGGACUUAGCCACCAAAAAAAAAGGAAAGAAAGUAAAAAUUUUGAAGAAGGAGGCAGGAGGAGAAAGAAGAAUAAAAGACUUGGAGAAAGUUUAAGGGUGGGGAGGGGAGAAAAAAGGAUGUGAGACCAAAGUCUGUGAAAACUCUGUGGAUUAUUAUUAUUCACCAGGACAAGCGUGGUGGUAAAAUGGAUCAGGGAUGUUUGGCGGUUCUGGUUGUCCGGCUGACUUUUCUUCAGGUCUUCAUCUUCGGGACAUGUCACGGCACAGACAACUACGUGCAGGAGGCGAGGCCAGGCGUGGUGCCGCGGUUCCUGUCCACCAACACCAACCUCAACAGACAUCGCGGAGACACGGCGGUGCUGGAGUGCGCUGUGGAGAACCUUGGCGACAGGCAGGUCAUUUGGAGGAAAGCGUCUAGCACCUCCCCCAUCACAGUUGGAACUGAUUCAUUCGUCGAGGACGCGCGCAUCGAAGCGGAACAUCCCCCUGGUUCCUCCCAGUGGAACCUCGUCAUCCGAGACCUUCGACCUGAAGACGCCGGCGUGUACGAGUGUCAAGUCAGCUCCAAGCAGUUCCGGUAUCUGAGACAUCAUGUGACCCUCCUCGUCAGCGGCAAGUCUCGCUUUUUUCUGUCAGACCAGGUUAAUGGGACACGUCUGGACAAACCUACUUUCCUCUAGUCUCAUGAAUGAUUU